UACAAUCUUAGUUGUUGUUUAACUUGGUGGUAAACUGAAAAAAGUUGCUGCUAUCACGAGGACGAGAGCAUCAUAGGCUACAGUAGGUCAAAAUGGCGGAUACAGCAAGAGCUCUUCACAUCUUCGGAGAAAGAACUACGGGAGAGUCCAUACGGACUCAAAAUGUGAUGGCAGCCUCAGCUAUUGCUAACAUAGUGAAGAGCAGUCUGGGUCCCGUGGGACUGGACAAAAUGUUGGUGGAUGACGUGGGAGAUGUGACAAUCACCAAUGAUGGAGCCACAAUACUCAAACUUCUGGAAGUAGAACACCCAGCCGCCAAGAUCCUCUGUGAGCUGGCAGAUCUUCAAGACCAGGAAGUCGGGGAUGGAACCACUUCUGUGGUCAUUAUAGCAGCCGAACUACUGAAGAAUGCAGAUGAACUAGUAAAGAAUAAGAUCCACCCUACAUCUAUUAUUAGUGGAUACAGACUGGCCUGCAAGGAAGCCUGCAAGUAUAUACAGGAGCACUUGAUGUUGAAUACAGAUGAAUUAGGGCGGGAGUGCAUCGUGAACGCAGCCAAGACCAGCAUGUCCAGUAAAUUAAUAGGAGCUGACUCUGAAUUCUUUGCCAAUAUGGUGGUGGAUGCUGCUAUGGCUAUCAAGAUGGGCGAUCCCAAGGGAGGUUUCCGGUACCCAAUCAAGGCUGUGAAUAUCCUGAAGGCCCAUGGCCGCAGCGCCAGGGAGAGCGUCAUGGUACCUGGCUACGCACUGAACUGUACGGUGGCAUCGCAAGCCAUGCCUAAGAAAAUAACAGGCGCCAAAAUUGCCUUCCUGGACUUUGGUUUGAUGAAGGCUAAGAUGAAGAUGGGAGUGCAGGUAGUUGUAGAUGAUCCUGCUAAGUUAGAAGAUAUUAGGAAGAGGGAGUCUGACAUUACCAAAGAACGCGUCCAGAAGAUCUUGUCUACUGGGGCUAACGUUGUCCUCACCACCGGUGGUAUAGACGACCUGUGCCUCAAAUACUUUGUGGAGGCUGGAGCCAUUGGGGUCCGCAGGUGUAAAAAGGUGGAUCUGAAGAGAAUUGCCAAGGCAACUGGAGGUACUCUAGUCUUGACGCUAGCUAACAUGGAAGGGGAAGAGUCUUUUGAGGUGUCUUCCCUAGGUUACGCUGAAGAAGUCGUCCAGGAGAGAAUUUGUGAUGAUGAACUCAUUCUGAUUAAGGGACCAAAGGCUCGCAGUGCGUCAUCCAUUGUGUUGCGCGGCGCCAAUGAUUUCUACGUGGACGAGAUGGAGCGUUCUGUGCAUGACGCACUAUGUGUGGUGAAGCGUGUGUUGGAGUCUAAAAGUGUUGUUCCUGGUGGUGGCGCAGUGGAAGCUGCCUUAUCUAUAUAUCUAGAGAAUUUAGCGACUUCACUGAGCUCCAGAGAGCAGUUAGCGAUAGCAGAGUUUGCGCAGGCCUUGCUGGUGAUUCCAAAGCAACUGGCUGUGAAUGCUGCCAAGGAUUCCACAGAUCUCGUCGCCAAACUUCGGGCAUAUCAUAACACAUCACAGACUAAAGUGGAACACAGAGACUUGAAGUGGGUGGGACUGGACCUCUACGAAGGCGUGGUACGUGAUAACAAGCGAGCUGGAGUCCUGGAGCCCGCCAUGUCCAAAAUCAAGAGCCUCAAGUUUGCCACGGAGGCGGCCAUUACUAUAUUGAGAAUAGACGACAUGAUCAAGCUAGCCCCAGAACAGAGAGAGGGAGGACCGUCCUACCAAGAUGCUCUAAAUGCUGGCACGCUAGAUGGUUAAAUUGACAUUAAGAUGUUAAAUUAUGUAUAACGUACACAUACAUCCAAAUCGGGACAAUUCUUCCACAAUUUUGACCUUCAAAGAUUAAGUUUGUUUUAAGAACUCAUUCUGAUUAAGGGGUAAGACAGUAGUCUGUUUUAAGAAAGUGUUGGGUUGAAUGAAACGUGCAGUUGGCAUAAGAUCAAACAGAAGUCAAAGAUCCAAAUGCAGUUGUCUGAUUGUGACUCGGAUGUUAAGAAAAGUCGUUUUUACAGAUCAAGAUGAUUCCAUUGGCAUUUGUCUGAGGCAAUGUUAUUGAGAUUGUGAAAAAAAUUCUGCAGUCAACGUUUGUUUACAAGUAUCUUCUACUUAAGAUGUUAAAAAGCUUUCCAGUUCAUAAAUUUGGACAUUUUGAAGGAUGUUGAAUAUUUUUUGCCUCUAUACAAAAUGAUCAGUUUGCUCCCAUUAUGCUAAAUUGUCUAGAUAACAUGCAUGCCUGCUAUUGUACCAGUCAGAACAAGAAAAUAAUUUGGACGUGUCUGUUUGCCCGUAUUGAUUGAAACUCAAUCUCAAAACUGAGUAGUCAUCGAAGAGUUAAAGUGAGGUGUUAUUUAUGUUUGAAGUUUUCUUGUAGUAGCCUGUAAUUUUAGCAAAAUUUGAAGUCUUCUUUUUCCAGAGAUUACUUCAAGGGUGUUUUUUUUUUUUUAUAUAUAUACAUAUACUGAAGUGCGAUUAUUGUACACGUUUUGUUAUAUAUAUAUACAGACAAACAACUGUUUUGUA